GCUCUCCUGGAUUUGCUGACCCACACGUCGGUCACCGUUCAGGAGCGCAUUGGGGCUGAGGGAAGAGGAAGCCACGUUGACACCCAGGAGCGGUUUAUUGUGUCUGAUUAAGCGCUUCAUUGUGUCGGAAAGAGCGGUAUCACAGUCGUAUCCGUUAAAGGACGUCAGGUGUUAACGGACAUCAAGUGUUGACAGUUGUGAUCGAUUGAUUGAUUGGUAGAACGGGAAGGAUGAGCGUGGGAUUCAUCGGAGCGGGUCAGCUGGCCCACGCGCUGGUGAAGGGAUUCACGGCCGCAGGGGUCAUCGCCACCCACAGGAUCACGGCCUCGUCUCCGGACACCGACCUGCCCACCGUGGCCGGGCUGAGGAAAAUGGGCGUGAACCUGACGACCAGCAACAAGGAGACGGUUGCUAAGAGCGACGUGCUGUUCCUGGCCGUGAAGCCGCACAUCAUCCCCUUCGUCCUGGACGAGAUCGGCCCCGACAUCGAGGACCGCCACCUCAUCAUCUCCUGUGCUGCCGGAGUCACCAUCAGCUCUAUAGAGAAGAAGCUCCUUCAGCACCGUGCCGCCCCCAAGGUGAUGCGGUGCAUGACAAACACGCCGGUGGUGGUGAGGGAGGGAGCCACCGUCUACGCUACCGGGACCCACGCCGAGCUGGAGGACGGGCGUCUCCUAGAGCAGCUGAUGGGCAGCGUUGGGUUCUGCACGGAGGUGGAGGAGGACCUCAUCGACGCCGUCACUGGCCUGAGCGGCAGCGGGCCUGCCUACGCCUUCACCGCCCUGGACGCCCUGGCUGAUGGAGGGGUGAAGAUGGGUCUGCCCAGACGACUGGCGGUCAGACUGGGAGCCCAGGCCCUACUGGGUGCUGCUAAGAUGCUGCUGGACUCGGAGCAGCACCCGGGCCAGCUGAAGGACAACGUGUGCUCCCCAGGGGGCGCCACCAUCCACGCCCUCCACUUCCUGGAGAGCGGAGGGUUCCGCAGCCUUCUCAUCAACGCCGUGGAGGCCUCGUGCAUCCGGACCAGGGAGCUCCAGUUCCUGGCGGACCAGGAGAGCAUCUCCCCAGCGGCCAUCAAGAGGACCACCCUGGACAAGGUGCUGGCCCAGCCCGGGGUCGGGGGGGUCGGGGGGGUCGGGGGGGCGGCCAGACCGGGCCUCAACGUCAACAGCCGCAGCUCCGGGGUCACCAAGAAGUAGAGGAAGGGGGACCCCCGGAGAGGAGGGGCCCACCUCCCCGAGCACAGUGGACAGACUACAGACAUGACAGCAGACAGACAGACUACAGACACAGACUACAGACACAGUCUACAGACAGACUACAGACUACAGACUACAGACACAGACUACAGACUACAGACUACAGACUACAGACACAGUCUACAGACAGACUACAGACACAGACACAGACUACAGACACAGUCUACAGACAGACUACAGACACAGACACAGACUACAGACACAGACUACAGACACAGACUACAGACACAGACACAGACUACAGACACAGACUACAGACACAGUCUACAGACAGACUACAGACUACAGACACAGACUACAGACACAGACUACAGACACAGUCUACAGACAGACUACAGACACAGACACAGACUACAGACACAGACAGACUACAGACACAGACACAGACUACAGACACAGACUACAGACACAGACUACAGACACAGACUACAGUCUACAGACACAGACACGCACAUUUACAGAUUCCCCAGAAGCAUCCGGUAACCCUGACCUGUUGGACCGGGGUUGAGUGCGUCUUUAGAUUUCCAACGUGGUGCCGACAGCCGGCAGCAGAGAGUCCUUCUCUGUCCUUGCCAGCUUCUCAGUUCCUAAGACUCGGGACUCCUUCCUCCUGCAGAGAUAAAGACUUUACAGUGUUGAUGGUUCUCAGGUCCAGCCGUCGAUUGAGUCUCAGUUGACUGGUGACGACCACACCGGGUUGUACAAACCACAACAUCUGCUCCUGGGUCGUGACUUUGAUCUGAGGUCCUACAAAUGAAGUGGCCUUGUGUUAAUUCCAGUCAAGAUGGUGUUUUUUGCGCUGUUGUUUAGGACUGAAUAGGAACAUUCAUCUGGAUCAUUUCACUUUAUUUGAGCGACAAAUCUUUCCCAUAUGUAGUUAUGUCCUGGCGCGAUGCCUUCCCAGCCUGGUCUUUAGAGAGAGGUGUACCCCAGAGCAGGGACACUGUCCACUGGUCAGAUCUCAUCUCCUCUUCAGCAUUUCUUCUGGUACUUUUAGAUUUCCAAAGCGGUGGUAAAACGAUGAACACGAACAUAAAGAUCCAUAAAGGUAUGAUUGAAGUGGUUGUGACGUGUGCCUUCGUGUGAACCUGUUCCCUCUCGGUGUCUUAUUGAGACUCAUGAACUCUGUUACGAUACUCAGUGUUGGCUCAGAACUUAAUUCCCGUUUCAUACCCAAAGUUUGUGUUAUUGUAUUAUUGACCGUAGCCAAAGUCUGUCCUCAAAGCCUGAAAUGAUUUCUGUUCCGUCUCUUUUCAUGUUACCCGUAGUGUUAUUUCUCGUUGGAAAUCAAACUUUCCGUUGAGAGGGAUUUCAUAUUAAAAAUGAGGAAACAUAAGUCUUAUUUGGUUUUGUUUUUC